AUGGCAGUUGCUUUGCCUAAUUUUCAAUUACCUUCUCGCUUGACUGUUUCUAGACAAUAUAAUGCAACUGCUAAUGAUUCUGCAAUUAAACACUUGAAGAGAAGAAUUGAGGAUUGUAAAGGAGACAUCUUAGGAAAUGAGUUCUUACAUGUUAGAUGUAAUGCUCAUAUUAUAAAUUUGAUCGUGAAAGAAGGACUCGGUGAAAAAAAUGAGUCUAUUUCUCGGGUAAGAAAUGCUAUCAAAUAUGUUAAGUUCUCAGCUAGAAGGUUUGAUUUCUUUAAGUUAUUUAUCGAGAAGGUUAAGAUUGACACUCAUGGUCUUUUGACUUUAGAUAUUGAGACUAGGUGGAACUCCACAUACAUGAUGCUAGAUACAGUUGUAAAAUUUGAAAGGGCAUUUUCAAGAAUGUAUGAUAAUGAUCACAAGUACCUCAAGUAUUGUUUAGAAAUAAAUAAUGUGGGAGGGUAUCCACCGAUAGAUGAUUGGAAAAAUGUUAAAGUUUUCAUUAAGUUCCUUGAGAUUUUCUGCCAGAUAAAUUUAAAAUUCUCAGGAACUUCAUAUGUUACUUCCAAUUCUUUCUUCCAUGAGAUCUUUAAUCUUCAAAAGAUAAUUUGCAAAUAUGUUCGUAAUAAAGAUUCUAUUUUGAGUGGUAUGGCUAAAAAGAUGGAGCUUAAAUUUAACAAAUACUGGAAUACUUUUGAAAGUAUGAACAAGUUAUUAUUCAUUGCUGUUGUUUUGGAUCCUCGAUACAAGUUAAAAUAUGUGGAAUAUCUGUUUCAAAACUCUUAUAGUUGUUUGGUGGGAGCCAAAAAAUCGAAAAAAGGUGAUGAAAACUUUGAGUCUCUUGUAUGA